AUGUUUCGGUUAACAAGUGUGUUUUUGUUGGUGGUGCCGGCGCUGGGGGUUAGAUCAAGCCAUAAUCGUAAGUAAUGCGUAAUACUUUAGCCUCUGUUAACAUGCCAUCCUAAUUUUCUUUACAUUUCUUAGAAAUCCGUCGAUUUUCUUGCGAAUACGGUCAAGAAGAGGGCCCAAAACAAUGCUCCAUUGAAUUAGAAAAGACCGGCAGCGAUUUCAAUGAUGAAAAAGCCUCAAUCCCUCCUGGAUUUGAAUGUUUUGAUGUAAGAAUUCUUUUUGGUACUUUUGGUGCACCCCCAAUUUGUGUAUAAUAUGAGACAAACAACGUGGAUUUGAUUUCAAAAUAUCACGCUUUCAGAGGUUGGUAAAUGGCCAGAAUCGAGUGUAUUGCCCAUUGUUCUGCGAGACUGCAUCCAGUGCUUACAUUAUCGCCAAAAGGCCGAAUAAUAAUAACAAAUGCUUGAGGCAUUUUAAUUAUAAUGUAAGUUGAGAUGGUUUUUCAUUGAAUUUGAUGACUAAUUGUAAGAUAAUAUUUCUUCAAUUCUAUUGUCGAUUUUUUAUAUUUAAAAGAUCAAAAAUUGCAUUUGUAGCUAAGACAAUACCGUAUGACGAAACGUUUAUUGUAAUAAAUCUAUUUAUUUUUUCCGUAUUUAGGUGGAGCGUCAAGAAUCAGAUGGUCAAUAUUUCUUAUGGCGCUCCGGCCCCUGUUUGAUGCAGAACAUUACUUUCGAAAUGGGAUGUCAGUUCGAUGUGUUUGAAGGCGCUCUUAAGGUGGAUGACUUUGUACGACGCGCUAUUUCCAGAGUGAGCAGACAUUGA